CCAAAGUUUUGAGGCGACUUUAUCUGAGCUUCCUUGAGACUGUACGAAUGUAGACGAGCUUUAUUCAAUAUCCACAAAUGUGAUUGACAUCAAACAAAAACUGAUAAAUAAUUAAGAAUUGUGUGAUUGGACAAAAUAAUGUAUAGCAUUAUACAGACUCCUCUUUUGUUUAAAUUGACUUCAUAGUUGCAAGUGGGCUUAAAUGGUGCCAGGGCUUAAUGGGUACGCUUACCCUAAAUGACAUUGCAACACAUAUUAAUCAGAUCUGUGAAGGGAAAUCUAACUUCCAGUGCCCUGUGGUUUCAUUUAUUACUCAGUGGUAAAUUCCCCAGUUAUGAGGUGUGGGGAAAAUAUGAGUUAACGGUGACGAUUUAGUAAUAAAUAUUAUCAUAGAUUUAGUGACAUAAAUGCACCCUUUUCAAAUCUGAUAGGGGCUAAGAGUCUGACAGGGCUGACAUUUGAGCAACGCUAGGAAGUAGCAAAUGAGCAUUGAAAUGAGUCAUAGGAAAAUGGUCAGUGGGCAUUCCCAGGGUUCCCCGAAGAGAAUCUGCCAAUUAUCAGGACAAACCAGUCAACUGACUGAUCUCUUGCUGACCACUGCUCUUACUUGGUAGCCUCCCAGAGGAUUUCCCCUCACUGUUUUGCUGCUGCCUCUGACUGAAAUUAAACACAAAAGACAUAAAGCAGUUGCAAAGACAAAGAGGAAGAGUAACUGGUCUGUAUACUGUGUGUGACGCUAAAAGGUACAAGUGAAGUCAAGCAUCGCAGCUGUAAUGUUUGUGGUGGGAACUUCCUGCCUUGCCAUUCCUCCCAUGACACAAUCACUCUUCUCUUUAGCUGUACCAUGUGGUUUGGUGAGCAGGUAUUUCAUCUGAAAAGAUGUCAAGGGGCUGAGUCUGUGGGAUGAAAGCGCAAGGAAAGCAAAAAAAGAGGAGAAACUAACCAUGCUGAAGGAUGAACAGCUGGUUUACAUUGUCCUAGAGCUGGUGAUUGCUCUACUGGCUGUGACUGGGAACGUCCUGGUCUGCUGGGCUGUCUUCCUCAACUCCAACCUGCAGAGCAUCACUAACUUCUUUGUGGUGUCUCUGGCAGUGGCUGAUAUCGCUGUGGGGCUGCUGGCAAUUCCAUUUGCUAUCACUAUUAGUACCGGCUUCUGUGCCCAAUUCUUCGGCUGCUUGUUCAUCGCUUGCUUCGUCCUCAUCCUAACUCAGAGCUCCAUCUUCAGCCUGCUGGCUAUCGCUGUGGACCGCUACAUCGCCAUCAAGAACCCGCUCAGGUACAACAGCCUGGUGACCGGGACGAGGGCAAAGGCCAUCAUCGCACUCUGCUGGUUUCUCUCAGUGGGCAUUGGACUGACACCGAUGCUGGGCUGGAACAGAGGUUGGAAUGCCACAGCUGAGAUCAGCAACAACACCUGCCCUGAAGGCCUGACAGUGUGCCUGUUUGAAAAAGUGGUUACCAUGGACUACAUGAUCUAUUUCAACUUUUUUGGUUGUGUGUUAUUGCCCCUGAUAAUCAUGCUGGUCAUCUACGUCCACAUCUUCAUGGCUGCACGGCGACAGCUCCGCCUGAUUGGGCUGAAAGUUGCAAAUGCACCUGCUACUGGAGAAAUCCCUCCAUCAUCCAGCACGUCUCGCUCUACCCUGCAGAAGGAAGUGCAUGCUGCUAAAUCUCUGGCCAUCAUCGUAGGUUUGUUUGCUCUGUGCUGGCUUCCGCUUCACAUCAUUAACUGUUUUCACCACCUGUGUGAGGACUGUCGGCGAGUACAUUUGUGGGUGAUGAACAUUGCCAUCAUUUUGUCCCAUGCCAACUCUGUAGUGAACCCUCUGAUCUACGCCUACCGCAUCCGAGAGUUUAGACAGACUUUUAGGAGGAUCCUGUAUCAGCACAUCCUUGGGCGCAGGGAUGGACAUGGUUUUGCUGCUGGGAAUGGUGAGAGAAGUCAUAUGGGGAGCACCAGCAUCAUGCGGACUUCCUCUGGUAUCAGUAAAGAGGGUUCAUCGUGUGGGACAGUAGUAAAUAGUUACGUCCUGGAUCCCAGUUCUGAUGGAACUCCAACCAAAGCCUCCUGCCACUGGACGUCAAAGUUAGAUACUGCACCCAGCAGCUGCUUACCCAACGGACACCAAACAAAGGGAAGUACCCUGUCAAUAAAGCAGCCAUGCAUAAUGGGUUAUGCUGAAGUAGAGAGAGGAACAAGUGACAUUUUGGAAGUAAAAGACAGUGGGAGUUGUAUUUCUUUUGUGAAUGUUCAGGCUUUCUCUCUCAAACAGACUGAGAGCAUCAGCUCAUCAGAGUUAACACAAGUCUCCUGACAAACAUUUAUUAUAAUGGCUUGAAAAUAUGUAACUCAAGUCAAACAUGGCAUCAAAAAUGAUGAAUGAAGCCUCAACUUAUCAACCAGAACAAUAAAUCUACUCAUGGUAUUUCUGAAGGCUGAAUGUCAAUCAAACUGCCUGAUUUUAUCUGCAGAAAACAACACUUUCAAACUGAGCUGUCUCGCAAUGUAACACUUAAAACGUUUAAAUUCUUGAUCUACAUUUUUUAACAAUGUUACAUCAGGUAAUCAUUUUUAUUACUUAUCUGUAUUAUAAUAACUUACUGGAGAAUUAAAGUCUUAAAUACAUCCCUGAUUACUGUUUUUCAUAAGCAAUGCCACUUUCUGUAAAGAAAAAACUGCAUGAAUUUCAGUCACCACCAACUAAUCACGAAAACAUUUCAUCAACAAACUUAACUGCACAUCAUUAAAAAUGAAGCACAUUUAAGUUGAUAAUUUCAUAUGAAAGGCUCCUAUAAGAAACUUUUGGUAUGUAUCAGCUUUGGCCACCCCCUUGUGGGCAAAGUGAUAUCUCAUCUUUUUGCCGAUCUUGUGUUAAAUGUGCCAAAGUAGUCAAAGUCAAAUCUAUUUGUAUAGGACAUUUAAAACAGCAUGAGUCAACCAAAGUGCUUUACUGAGAAAGGAAAGACACAAAUAAACAUUCAAACAUACAACACAACACUAGUAAAGAGAAAGUAAAGAGAUAAUAACAGCAGGCUAUGUUGUAUUAACAGAAGUUGUAAUAAUUGUGCUGAUUGUUCAGCUUAUUCAUUUCUAUGGUUUGGAGAUUCUUUUCCAAGUGUAUUCAAUUGAAUACAGAACAAAGACAAUUUAUUAAAUGUUCAGUCUAGUUAACUUUAUUGGCUUGUUUAAUUUGAACACAUUCUGAAUUUGUUGCCUGCAACAUCUUCCACAAAAGCUGGGACAGGAGCAUGUUUACCACUGUCUUACGUUAUCUUUUCUUCUACCAACACUGUAAGUGGACUGAGGGCAUUAAUUUUUAUAGUAUUGAAAGUGGAAUCCUUUCCCAUUCUUGCGUGAAUUACAUGUCAAUCUGCUCAACAGUGCAGGGUUUCCGUUGUGAUAUUUUGGCUCCAAAAUCUGCCACACAUUUUCAGUGAGAGACAGGUCUUGCACCUGCACUCUGUUUUUGUGAGGCCGUGCUGUUGUAUCUUGUGCAGGAUGGCUUGGCAUUGUCUUAGUGAAAUAAGAAGUAACAUCUCUGGGAUGGAAGCAUGUGCUGCUCUAAAACCUGGAUGUACAGAUGUGCAAGUGACCUAUGCCAUGGGCACUAAUACACCCGCAUACCAUCACAGAUGCUUUUCUAUUCCUUUUCUUCUUUAGCAUGGAAGACUCCACAGAUGCUAUUCCCCCCCCCCCCAAAAAAAAAGAAGAAAAAGAAACGUGGACUCUUUAGACCAUAGCACACUUUUCCACUUUGGGUCAGUAAUCUUAGAUGAGCUUGGGCCCAGAAAAGUUGGCAUCACUUUUUGGAAGACAUUAAUAUUUGGCUAUUUUGUUGCAUGAUGGAUUUGACUGUGUAAACCAAAAAUGGUUUUCCACAGUGUUUCCUGAGCCCACAUAGUGAGAGCCAUCACAGAAUGACACAGUUUUUAAUGCAGUGCCACCCAAAAGACUAAAAAUCACAUGCAUCCAGUAUUUGUUUUUGGACUUGUACCUUAAGUGCAGAGAAUUCUUCAGAUUCUCUGAAUCUUCGAUAUUAUAGACUGGAUAGGGAAAUCUCUAAAUUCCUUGCAAUUCUAUGUUGAGGUACAUUGUUUAUGAACUGUUUGACUAUUUACCCAUGCAGUCUUUCAAAGUGGAGAACCUUGCAUCACCAAUGAUUUUCAGUGGGUGCACCUUUAUACCCAGCCAUGGUACUAUCACCUGUUACCAAUCAUCCUACUAACCUGUGGAAUGUUUCAGGGUUUUUUGAUCACUCCUCAGUUUUCCCAGUAAUUUCUUGCCCAUGCCCCAACUAUUUUUGAAAAAUUUGUAAGUACCAGAAUGUGUGUUUAUUUCCAAACAAACAAUUAACUUUAUCCGUUUGAAUACUGAAUAUCUGGUCUUUAAGCUAUGUAUAUAUACCAAUAGAAUAUAGGUUGAAAAGGAUUUGUAAGUGCCUACAUUAUUUUAAUUCACUGUGGCUUUGAAUGCUGCUCAUGGUCUAAAAUGCACCAAAAAGAGUCCUGUCAGAAUAUGCAGAUUUAACAACCCUGUAUAAAGUAUAAUAUAAUUCCAUCUUCCUUGCACAAAUAUGCUAAAGAAUAUAGUAUUUAACAAUUUGUGACAGAAACUUUGAUGUUGCUACAUUGAUCAGCAAUUCCCCAUCGAUAAAGUAACAGACUUUUGUAGCUGGUUCAACAACUGUAUGAAAAAUGCAUCAAGGACCCCAUAGCCUACUAUGCAGGCCUGUUGCCAACCACCCAUUCAUAACAAAGAGCCUGUUCGAUCCAUUCAAAUAUCAAUCCGCAUGCUUGUAGUGUGGCUACUCCUGGAGUCAUACAUGCUAAGAUGGAGAGUGGAAAAACAGGCGUAUACUCUCAUACACUCUUAAAGUGCAUACACAUGACCACAGACUACUCAGCUAGAGGUGUUUACAGAGUAGCCUGGCUGCCGAGGCCAGUCAAUAAACCUAAUGCAAUGGAAAUCAAAUGAAGAUUGGUUUGAUGAUGUCUUUUAUUAUGCCAUUAUGCUUUCUCUUUCCUCAUUUAAAAGCUCUCCCAUUGCGGGAAAGUCUUGCAUUAAGCAACAUUUACGUGCAAUCCUAGAGUCAGGUAUCCAGGAAUAAACAUACAUGGGUAUGUGUUCAGGUCAUCAGAGUUCAUUCUAAAAACAAGCAUAUCAGUUGUAUAUUACACAAUGUAGCUUGA